AUGAGCGACCGUACUCGAAGCGCUGCCGCCCUCAACGGGUCACGCACCACCAGAAGUUCCGGCCUGGCAAAUGUCCCCAGCAGCGGUGGCGGCUCCAGCAACAGCAGCAAGACGAGCCUCUUCCGAAGCCACUUCAUCAGGCGGCCAAACGCUCCCUCGGCCGAGCCGGCGGACGGCGUGCGCCCGGACGCGGAGAUGACGCCGCGGGCUGAGGCCUCGGACCUUGUUGUGAGAGACCAGCAUGGCGAGGUGGAGAUUGGGAAUCCGCCGACGCCGGUGGUGGAUGACGAGGAGGAGCUGCAGGCGUUGGAGUAUCAGCAGGAAAAUGAAAGGGAGAAACAGCGUCUAGCAGAGGCGAUUCGACAUUAUCAAAUCAGCCACAGCUCUAUAGCUGAUCAGCCUGACGGUAAGUAA